GGGCGGGCAGAGCCGGAGCCCGGCGGCGGGAGCGGAGCGCAGCGCAGCCCGCAGCGGCACCGCCGCCUCCGCCCGCAGAUCCAGCGAAGCCCGCGGCAGCCAUGGCGCUGGUGAAGAGCGGUUGGCUUUGGCGCCAGAGCUCCAUCCUGCGCCGCUGGAAGAGGAACUGGUUCGUGCUCUACCUGGAUGGCAGCCUGGUUUACUACCAUGAUGAGACGCAGCGGGACAUGGACGGCCGGAUCCACAUCAAGUACAGCUGCCGGGACGUGCGGAUCGGCCGCGAGUGCAAAGACGUGCAGCCGCCCGAGGGGAGGAGCCGCGAGUGCCUGCUGACCGUGGUGCUGCGGGACGGCUCCAAGACCACGCUGUGCGCCGAGAGCGAGGACGACGCCGUUGCUUGGAAGAUGGCCGUGCUGGAGGCUAAAUCCACCCCGGUGCACGUGUACGACCCCUACGACGACGACUACUACCAGACGGUGCCCCUGGACUCGCACCAGGCCGCCUACAUCAGCUCCGGCCACUACGGCCCCCAGUACGGAGCUCCCGGGGUGACCCACGUCAUCGUGCGCGAGGAUCCCUACCGCGUCUCCGGGGACCAGAUGGCGCUGGGGCUGCUGGCCGGGGCCGCCACCGGCGCCGCCCUGGGCUCCUUCAUGUGGAUGCCCUGCUGGUUUUAGUGGCUGCCAAACUGAGCCACGGCCCCCCUUCGCUCCCCAGCCCUGCCUUGGACCCUGCCCUGAGCGCCCUCAGCCUCCCCAGAGGGACAGGCUCCCACACACGCCCUGCUGCCGGCCCCAGCUCCUGCAUUAAACAACCCCCAUGUGCUUCAGAGCCCCCAAACCCUCUCCAGAACCACAGCACCCAAUUCCCAUCAGCAAAG